GUUUUUUGCUGUGCUCAUUCAGGUAUAGGAUCCUUUCACCUAAAUGUACUUGAAAAGCUCAUAAACGUUGCUCGAUAAAUGCGCUAAAGGUUUUGGACACUACACUGUGCCAGGUAAUCAAUGAGGAUGCAUCAUUCCAACCUUCUCGCUUUGUUUGUUCUGUUACCUGCUCUCUCAGGAUUCUAUUGUGGUAAAGUUCUGGUUGUCCCUGCGGAUGGAAGCCAUUGGAUCAAUAUGAAGGUCCUUAUUGUGGAGUUACAUUUAAAAGGUCACAACAUCACAGUGGUACGAGGCUCAAAUAGCUGGUAUAUUGAAGAGAAGUCUCCUUACUACACCUCCAUUAGUAUAGACAUUGGUGAAUUUGACAAUAACUUUUGGAUGACUUUGCUUCCCCGGUUACUGCAAAUCAAGAGACACGGAAAAUCAUUUUGGUCUGAAAUAGAAAUCGGGCAAGAGAUUUUCAGCAGCUUUUCAAAAGUUCAUCAGCAAGUAUGCAAUAUGACAGCCAUGAUAUUCGAAAAUGAGACCUUAAUGAAUUCACUGGAGGAUGUUUCUUAUGACCUUGUUCUCACAGAUCCUGCUUUUGGAGGUGGAGUGUUACUGGCAAACCGUCUUGGCCUCCCUCUUGUGCUAAAUGUCCGUUGGACCAUGUACGGAGAAGGUCACUUUGUUGUGGCCCCAUCUCCUCUCUCAUAUAUACCUAUACCAGCAUUACAACUAACAGACAAAAUGACAUUCAGUCAAAGAGUCAUGAACGUGAUGGUUUACAUGAUUUUUAUCUAUCAAAAUCCAAAGUUCUUUGGUUAUCAUUACCAAGAGUUCUCCCAGAAAUAUUUCGGGCCAGAUGUUGAUUUCUUCUCUCUCCUUCAGAAUGCAGAUAUCUGGCUCAUGAGAAAUGAUUUCACUUUUGAGUUUCCGCGACCCACAAUGGCAAAUGUUGUCUACAUGGGUGGCUUCCAGUGCAAACCAGCUAAGCCCCUUCCAGAUAAACUUGAGAAGUUUGUGCAGAGCUCAGGAGAACAUGGGGUCAUCAUCAUGACUUUAGGAACUGUUUUUGGUCAGCUUCUGAGUGAAAUCAACGAUGAGAUUGCUGCAGCUUUUGCCCAGCUUCCUCAAAAGGUUAUUUGGAGAUACACAGGACCAAAACCUGCUAAUCUUGGUAACAAUACUCUGAUUGUGGACUGGCUCCCACAAAAUGACCUGCUUGGACAUCCCCAGAUUAAAGUAUUUGUAGCACAUGGAGGCACCAAUGGAGUUCAGGAAGCCAUCUACCAUGGAGUGCCUAUUGUGGGCCUUCCUAUAUCGUUUGAUCAGCCUGAUAAUCUCUCCAGGAUGCAAGCAAAAGGAACAGCAAAAAUUGUAGAUAUUGCAACUUUAGACAGGACUGUGUUUCUCAAGGCAUUAAAGGAGGUUUUGCAUAACCCAUCUUACAAGGAGAACAUGCAGAGACUGUCCAAGCUGCACCACGACCAGCCAAUGAAACCUCUUGAUCGUGCCAUCUUCUGGAUUGAGUUUGUCAUGAGAAACAGAGGAGCUCCUCAUUUACGAACGCAGUCUUUCAGAAUGUCCUGGAUUGAGUACCACUCUAUAGAUGUUAUUUUGACUUUGAUGGCAACCUUUUUGAUAUUUGCAUUUGUGACAGUUUAUAUAAUGAAAUAUUUUUGCAUGGUUUUAUUCAGAAAGAAAGCAAAACGUGAGUAAAGUACUGGCUGGAAGUUUUGUUCACAUG